ACUUUGACGUAAGUCGUAACACCGGUUAGAUGUGGGUUAGAUCUUUCUUUAGUAAAAAUUGCAUUUUAGUUAAACUCAAGCCUAACCGUGAUUCCAUUGCAGUCUUUAGAGAAAACCAAAACUGCGUGCAUUUCAGAAUCCAAAAAAUAUCUUUCGCCACUAUGUGUUCAAAACCCCUGCAACUUGAUAGACUGAAUAAAUUGAAGGAAGAAUACUACUCGGACACCAAGAAUGAGUUGGCACAGAAUGCUUGUACCAGAUUUGAUCCAUUUGAAGUGGCAAUAUCCAAGAAGAGAACUGACACAUGUUUGCAUGUUUACAAUAUUAAGAUUGAGUCUGAAGGUAAACCAGUAACUAACCAAGAGCACUCAGGGAGAUGUUGGUUGUUUGCUGCACUAAAUGUGAUGCGGUUGCCUUUUAUGAAGAAGUAUGGUAUAGAAGAAUUUGAAUUUUCGCAAACCUACCUAUUCUUUUGGGACAAAAUCGAGCGUUCUCACUACUGGCUAAACAACAUCGUGACCACUGCCAAGCAGGGUGAGAAGUUAGAAGGACGUCUAGUCAACUUUUUGCUUCAUGAUCCAAUAAACGAUGGAGGUCAAUGGGACAUGAUAGUGAAUUUGGUCAACAAAUAUGGUCUUGUACCCAAAAAGUUCUUCCCAGACGCCUUCAGUUCGCGUAACAGCAACCAUAUGAAUAUGAUUAUCAAGACCAAGUUGCGGGAAUAUGCCAAAGAGUUGCGCGAUAAAGUAUCGUCGGGCGCCUCGGACGAAGACAUACAAUCGACCAUAGACAAACAGAUAGCCGUUAUUUACAAUAUUGUUGCUACAUGCUUAGGUAUACCACCAGAGAAGUUCACUUUCGAAUACUACAACAAGGAGAAGGAGUACAAAACGUUUGGUCCGCUCACGCCGCAGGAGUUCUAUGAGAAGCACGUCCGUCCACUGUUUAAUGUUGAUGACAAGGUGUGCCUAGUGAACGACCCGCGCGAGCUCAACCCGUUCGGCAAGCUGUACACGCUGCAGUGCCUCGGGAACGUGGUCGGCGGCCGCCGCACCGCCUACAACAACCAGCCCAUCGGAGUGCUCAUCGACGUAGUCUUAAAAAGCAUACGAAGCGGGGAGGCGGUCUGGUUUGGAUGCGAAGUGUCGAAACGGUUCGAGAGGAAGAAUGGCCUUGAAGACUUGGACGCCCACGACUACCGGCUGGUGUUCAACACGGACGUGCAAGUGGGCCUGCCCAAGGCGGACCGGCUGCUCUACGGCGACUCGUGCAUGACGCACGCGAUGGUGUUCACCGCCGCCGCCACGGACGCGGACGGCAAGGCGACAAAGUUCCGCGUAGAGAACUCUUACAGCGACAAGGAGUACGACAAGGGCUACCUGCUGCUCACCGAGCCUUGGUUCAGAGAGUUCGUGUUCGAGGUGGUUGUAGACAAAAAGCACGUCCCCCAAGCAGUGCUGGACGUGUUCGCGCAGGAGCCCACCGUGCUGCCCGCGUGGGACCCCAUGGGCACGCUCGCCUGUCCCGUGUGCACUAACACAUAACGAUUAACUACUUCGGCUUGUUAUAUAAUGUACUACAAACACACCACAGACAUUAGCGUUGGGGGAGGGGGGGGGGGGGGUUGUGGCAGUGUGCCCACCCUAUCAAUAUGAAAUUCUAUUAUGAUAAUAAUAGACUUGAUGUCGGGGACCAGGGCCACCCUAGGAAAUAAUCUUAGUUACGCCAAUGACCACAGAGGAUUUUUUUUAACUAAAAACUAUACCUUCUCUAAAAAAAUAACAUUUAAAUAAUUUGAUUAUGGCUCAAAACCUCUGAGAAAUGAAUUAACUGCAUACAAUUUCUAGUAGUAGGGGACUAAAAACAUAGAACUGCCAUUAUUCAACCAUUGAUGUGUUUUAACCGACUUCAAAACAAAAGAUCUCAAUUUGUACGUUUUUUUUGUUACCUCAUAACUUGUCAUUUAUUAACCAAUUUUGAAAAUUCUUUUUUUUGUUUGAAAAAGUAUACUUAGACGAUCAGUUUUAUCGGACGUCAAGCCUGAUUGCUGACUUUACACACAGUAAAACACUUAGUGCUGCGAUGUGGUGUGCUUGUACUAUGUGUGUAUAUCAAAUGUAUUAUGAACGUAUUAUUAAUGAUGUUAUCCAAUUAUUUUGUACAAUGUAUAAUAAUUAUGUAUAUUACGAUGAAAAAAGAAAUUUGAGCAUAUUUCAGUUUAUGUAUUAAAUUCGUAUUUGUCGUUGAUAUGUACAGAAUCAAUGAAAUUUAAAAAAAAAACUUUUAUAGUCGUUUUAUACAUGGAAAUAAAAUGCAAUGGUUUUUAAAAAA